AUGGUCACUUUUGAUUUUCAAAAUUGUCUGAUCUUAACCUUCAUAUGCCUCUUCACAACUCUCUUUAUCUUUGUCUUUGUCUUCUUCUUCACGAAACCAAAGAAUGGCAUUGAUCUGCCUCCAAGCCCUCCUUCUCUUCCGAUCAUUGGUCAUCUUCACCUUCUCCUCACUGCUCCAAUCCACAAGUGUUUUCACAAAAUCUCAUCCAAGUACGGACCUUUCCUCCAUCUUCGAAUCUUCCAUGUCCCUGUCGUUCUCGUCUCCUCUGCCUCAGUCGCCUACGAGAUCUUCAAGGACCACGACAUGGACGUCUCCUUUCGUGGUGCUGUUGCAAUUGAUGAGUGUCUUGUGUUUGGCUCUUUUGGCCUCCUCAGAGCUCCCUAUGGAGAUUACUGGAAGUCCAUAAAGAAAAUCAUCGUUACUAAGGGGAUUGGACCCCAGGCGCUGGAGCGGUCACGUGACGUUCGUACAGUUGAGCUAGAGCGUUUCUACAAAAAUCUGCUUGAUAAGGCGACUGAGAAACAGAGCGUCGAUAUCGGUGUGGAAGCGAGGAGACUCGUGGUCAAUACCCUCGGAAAGUUGAGCAUGGGAAGUAGUUUUUCAGAGGGGGUGAGUGUCUCAGAUUUUACUGUCGAGUUAGCUGCCUUGUCCGCUAAUUUCUUUGUGGCACAAAUAUUUCAUAAGCCGCUUGAGAAGGUUGGGAUAUCACUGUUAAAAUAUCAGAUAAUGGAGGUAUCACACAGAUUUGAGGAGGUGCUAGAAAAUAUUCUUGUGAAAUACGAAGAAAAAAUGGACGAGCAUCAAGGUAAUGAAUUUAUGGAUGCAUUGUUGGCAGCUUAUCGAGACGAAAAUGCAGAGUAUAAGAUCACUAGAUACCACAUCAAGGCCUUAUUUGCGGAGCUUUUCUUUGGAGCCGGUGACACCUCUUCACAAACAACACAGUGGGCUAUGGCAGAAAUCAUCAACAACCCUAAGAUCCUUGAGAGAUUGAGAGAAGAAAUCGAUUUUGUGGUAGGGAAAUCAAGGUUGCUUCAAGAAACUGAUCUACCUAAACUCCCUUACUUGCAAGCGGUCAUCAAGGAAACUCUAAGAUUGCACCCGGUGGCACCUGUCUUGUCAAGGGAAUUUCAACAAGGGUGUAAGAUCGGAUUCGGAGGAUUCUACAUUCCUGAGGGCACAUCACUUGUUAUUAAUGCUUAUGCGGUGAUGAGAGAUCCUGAGUUUUGGAGAGAUCCUAAUGAGUUUAAACCAGAGAGGUUUCUAGAGCAAGAGGAGGAGAAAAGAGACAAAGCACUGAAGUUCCUCGCUUUUGGCGCGGGAAGGAGAGCAUGUCCUGGAUCAAAUCUAGCUUCUAUCUUAGUAGAAACCGCAGUUGGAGUUAUGGUACAGUGCUUUGAUUGGGAUAUCGAAGGAGGAAAGAAGGUCAACAUAGAAGAGGCUUCUGGAUUAAGAUUCUUCUUGGCUUUGGCUCAUCCCCCUAAGUGCACUCCUCUUCCUCGAAUCAUAAACGAUUUAACUUCUAAUAUGCAGAUUUCCAGUUCGUGA